AUGUACGGGGAGGCCGAGGAGGUGGACGAGGAGGAGCUCGAAGAGUUCGCCAGGCACCUCGGUAUCGACCCGAGCACGGAGCACGAGCUCAUGUGGAUCUGUCGUAUGGCGUUGGACGCUCCGGUGCCGGAGGGCUGGAGCGCGCACGAGGACGGCAACGGUCACACGUACUACUUCCAUGCUGAGACACAGUCGUCGUCUUGGGAGCAUCCUUCAGACGGCUACUUUCGUGGGCUG